AACUGCGAUGAUCACGUGUAUCAUCUUCAGAACGGCAAGUGUUUCAGAAUCCUCAUGCUGUCAACGUCAAUGCGUAUAUUUAUCUCCUUUAUUUUUAUAUUUCAAGACUCCAAUGUUGCUUAUGCUUUCAACUCCCUUAUUGGAGGAAGACAAAUCCAAGAAUAAAGUACUUUGUUUUUCCAAUUACAAUGAUUAGUGAUAAACCCUGAUUUUGAUUCAAAAAGCCCAUUUCUUAUUUGGGUUUAUCCUCAAUUAUCUCAUGGCGCGCUCAAUCUUCCCUUUUCUGUUGCUCUUUUUAGUUGCCUUUUCUUCUUCUUGUGUUCAUUCUCAUGAAGUAGGGUAUAUGGCAGCGGAAGUAUCAAACAAGGGUCUUCAAUUUCUCAAGGAUUUGUUGAUAGAAAAGGCGGAGUCUUCAUUAGUUCCGCUUGAGCUGCCCAAGAUUGAGAAGUAUGUGAAAAUCCCGUUUGUGGGUAGAGUUCAAAUGGUUCUUUCCAAUAUUACUAUUGAAAGAGUUCAUGUAACUUUAUCUACUCUAAAAACUGGAGAUAGCGGGAUAGUUAUAGAUGUAUCUGGUGCCACUGCGAAUUUAAGUAUGAAUUGGGAGUAUUCGUACAGUACUUGGUUACUUCCAAUCACGGUCUCUGAUAAGGGAAGUGCCACUGUUGAGGUUGAAGGAUUGGAGGUUGGCCUUACCCUCAGUUUGACUACUCUUCAAGGAUCUCUAAAGCUGUCUCUUUUGGAAUGUGGAUGUUACGUGAACGAUAUAUAUAUAAAGUUGGAUGGUGGAGCAUCAUGGCUUUACCAAGGAUUGGUGGAUGCUUUUGAGAGCAAAAUUAGUUCUGCUGUUGAGGAUGCUGUUUCGAAGAAAAUAAAGGAAUCAAUUGUAGGGCUUGACUCUAUGCUGCAAUCUCUUCCCAAGGAAGUACCUGUAACUAAUAUCGCUGCAUUAAAUGUUACAUUUGUUGAUGACCCAGAGCUGACUGAGUCAUCCCUUGACCUUGAAGUAAAUGGGUUGUUCUCUUCCAAGGAUGCAGUUGUGCUUUCCAGCCACUACCACAGAUCAAUACGAGAUUCACUUUCCUGCAAGGAAGCAGAUAAGAUGGUCAAAAUCUCGUUGCAUGAAGAUGUUCUCAAGUCUGCAUCAUAUGUUUACUUUAAUGCAAGCAAGAUGCAGUGGAUUGUUGAUAAACUGCCAGACCAGUCCCUCUUGAACACAGCUGGAUGGAGGUUCAUCAUUCCGAAGUUGUAUAAGAUGUACCCAAAUCAUGACAUGAAUUUGAAUGUUUCUGUAUCUUCACCACCAACCAUAGAAGUUGAAAAUCAGCAGAUUACGGCAACAAUUCUUUUAGAUGUGGUCAUUGAUGUUUUGGAUGUGGAGGAAGUAAUACCAGUUUUAUCCUUUUCCAUGGGGAUUGGUACUUCCACGUCGGCUGAAAUUUCAAGGAAUGCUCUCACUGGUAGUGUAAAGUUAAAUGACUUCACUUUGUCUCUUAAUUGGAGCAAAGUUGGUGACUUGCACAUGCGUCUGAUCCAGACAUUAGCAUCCACGGUGCUGAAGACUGUGAUCUUGCCAUAUAUAAAUUUAAAACUCAGUGAAGGAUUUCAGUUACCCGUUUUCCAUGGUUACAAGCUUCAAGAUGCCCGAAUCCUCUGCACAGACUCCUGGAUUGUGAUAUGCAGUGACGUGACAUCCAUCUGAUAGUCCUGUCUCAUUUAGUUGCUGCAGCAUAACCAAAAAUGGGUAUCUUUUGCAAGAGAAAAAGGUGUUCUGUCCAUGAGAGUGCCUUCCCCACUACGAAUUCGAGAUGUCUACAGCAUCACCUGUGGGGAGUUGGUUAUGAGUUGUGAUCCUAUCCCUUUGUCCUGCACGUAACGUAUUCAAAAUGGAUGCGCUGUUACUACAUCUCUAGCAUGCGCAGUAGUUGAUCUUGCAAGCGUAUACGUGUUGUAUCUACUUGUAUUUGUAAAAUAAAAGCAUUUGUAUGUAAGGUGCGGGUUCUGAUGUAUACAAGGAAAGCAAUCAUUGAUCUGUAAGAUCCACAUACGUUCGCUCU